AUGUAUCGUUUGUUGUUCCGCCAUACAUCGCGACCUUCAACACCUUCCGGCACCAUUCGCUCAAGCACGAGCAUAGCGAACACACAAUUCCUCCAGUCCCUAUCUGCGCAUCAGCAUAUCCAUAAGUCCCGAUCUAUGAACGACAACGCACUAACACCGGAGGCUACCGAGGUCCAAAAACAGAACGAAGCAGCCGCCCUGGCGUCAGCCUCUGUGACAGCUUCUGGCAAGUUGCCCAUCAAGUACGUAUCCGACGUGAUCGUAGAUAUCCCACUAGCGGCUGCAGAGGGCUUUCGCGUUUUAACCGGUUUGUAUGGAGACAAGCUUCAGGAUGUGGCAGUCCUGGACUUUUUCAAUCGACUGACGCAGAAAGGAGGAGAACUGGGCGACGAUGAAGAUGAUUAUUCAUGA